AUGACCUCUCUUGCUCUGCAAUCAGACAAACUGGAAGCUGCGACACACCAAAGGGCUUUUGGAAUCAAGUGCGCUGUUCGCUUCGACCAGUGUGCAAGCGACGGCGAGUGUCCAGGAACGACCAAGUGCUGCAUGGUCGGCGACUGCGGUUACCUUUGCGUGAAACCUAAGCCUGUGUCCACAGGACCCAAAGAGGUGACGAAGGAAGUACCCAACAAGAAAAUCAAAGGUGAUAAGAUCAGCUCCCAAGUUGCAUCUGACCUUACGCCUUCAUCGUCUGAAGUAACUGAGGCAGUUGAGUUACCCGAAGGUGCUGUUAAGUUGGAAGACAUUAUUGAGUUGCCCGAAGAAAUGAAGAAGAAGAUGGCAGAGGAACAGGCGAAAAAGAAUGAAGAGGAGCGAAAGAAACAGGAGUUAGCGGGAGAAAAACAGCCCGAAGAAGAAAAGUUGGUGGAGGGAAAACCAGAGGAGACCAAGAAAGAAGAAACUUCGUCGCAAGCUGAGAAGGUUGUUGAGAAAUUAGAAGAAUUCGUCGAAGAGGAAGUCGCACUGAUAGAGGAAGAGCUCGAUUCCACAACAAAAUUACCACUACAGGAAGAAGAAGAAGAAGAAAUGGAGACAACAACUGAGAAGUUCUAGUUGUACAACUUCGUUCUUAAUUUUAUAGCACCAACGUUAGGGUAUUUUAUAGUUUAAGUUGUCACUGUAAGUCAUGUUCCGCCACUUUUUAAUCAUGUUGUCCUUCGUUACCUGAGGGAUGUGAAUAUUUCUGAACGAUUUAUGUUUGUCCUCAAUUGUCUGAGGAGUGACAGAAUUUCGGAAACAUUGAAAUUUAUUUCAUGACAAUCUUAUCAUUUCAGUCUUGUGUUUUUUCAUCUAAUUUUAUUUUAAUUUUGAAUCUUGCAGGUCACUGAUGAGUGACAAUAUUGGUAUACCAAUGUAAUGAGUAGGUUUAAAAAGAGUUCCAUUUGUAUUUAAUUCUUAACCAGCUAUUUGUUUAGAAUAGCAACAGAGCAUCGAGAAGAAGUGGCUGGAACACUCAUAUUCUGUAUAUAUCGUUGAUGUGUUUUGUUUGUUUCAAGAAUAAUUAGAGCAUUUACUUUUGGUAUGUCUUAUAGAUGUCAUAUUGGUUUACACUGACGAAGGGAAGCUAUAGAAACAUGAAUUAGGAUGUAAAGAAUCAAAGUAUCUGCUCUUUUUGUCUUCCUUGUUUGCGAUUAGGCUGGCACCUAAAAUUAACCUGGAUAAUAUUCUCUUGCUAUCUUACCAUAUUUCUGUCAUCGGUUCAACAAAAAACAGUAAAGAUUUUCUAAAGAUAUAUCCCUUGUUAAAUAAUUCUAGAGAUUUCAUUGAAUAGAUUAACCGGACCACUGGUUAAGAAAAAUGUUAAAUGCUGAUUGAUUUUAAUUGUUUAAGCAUUUAGCGGAGAUUUACAGUAGUUAAGACAUUAUUUAGUAAAUAUAUGCCACAUAUAUUUUGAAAUAGCAGGCACUAUAAAUAUGACACUAUGAAUACUAAGACGACGAACUCAUGUUUGGAGUUUGUUUAAAUGAAGAUAUUUAUACGUUUUUCUUCCUUGUUAAAAAUCUUGAACCUUUAAAGAUGUUGACAUAUUUCUUUUGGUGUAAAUAUGACUGAAUGUUGAUAAUAAAAUACUACGUGUACA